AUGCAGUUCGUUCGUUUUCUGUGGGAAGAAAAUGGUAAAAUUCAAGUUUACAGAUUUAAUCGUGUUCUUUUUGGUGUUACGAGCAGUCCAUUCCUUUUGACUGCUACUUUGAAAACUCACCUGAGAAAGCACUCUGAAGAAUUCCCGACUACAACAGAAUGCUUAGACCGCUGUUUGUAUGUGGAUGAUUUUAUUUCUGGAGCUGAUAAUGUGUCGGAUGCUUUUGAGAUCUCCACUCAAGCUACAUCAAUUAUGAGCCAAGCUAGCAUGGUGCUACGAAAAUGGACUACGAAUGACAAUACAUUGAUGCAGUUUUGGACACGUGAAGGUUUCGAUACACAGCCACAAGUCAACACUAUUAAAGUUUUGGGACUGUCAUGGAAUCCUGCUGAAGAUUGUCUAAUAUUGGGAAAGCAGAGCCUAGUGGACAGUCUGUCUAAAAACGAAAGUACCAAACGAUUCCUACUACGUACAAUUGGAAGGAUUUUUGAUCCGCUUGGGUUGCUUUCGCCGUUUACUAUUCGUGCAAAGUUCAUUCUACAAGUCUUAUGGAUGAAGAAAAUUUCUUGGGAUGAAGAAAUACCUGUAGAUAUACAAAAAAUAUGGCUUCAGUGGUGCUUCGAAGUUCCUGAUCUUUCAGAGUUACGAGUUCCUAGAAAUGUGCUCAAUUUACAAGAGUCAACCGAUAUCUUAGAACUACACUGCUUCUGCGAUGCUAGCCAAAAGGCUUACGGUGCUGCUAUUUAUGCAAGAGUUGUGAAGGAUAAUAACAUCGAAGUGAAUUUAUUGGUUAGCAAGAGUCGAGUGACGCCACUAAGGAAAAUCACUCUUCCGAGACUAGAAUUACUCGGUGCUUUGCUUGCCGCCCGACUAGCGAGUAAAGUCAAGAAAACAGUGGAUUUAAAAAAGCCCUCCUUAGUGUUCUUUUGGACGGAUUCAAAAAUAACUCUCUAUUGGAUUAAAGGAUCUACGAAACGAUGGAAAUCAUUUGUUGCCAAUAGAGUUAACGAAAUACAGAGUUUAAGUGAUACCAGUGCCUGGGCACACUGCCCUGGGAAGCAAAAUCCAGCUGAUCUCCUCAGCAGGGGAGUCAGUGCUGACAUUUUAUUGAACAGUGACAUUUGGUGGCAUGGACCCCAAUUUUUGAGAGAAAAGACUGAUGUUCCGGUAGACAAUAAUGACAUUCUAAUUUCAUUAGAUGACUUUUCUGAUGAACUAAAGAAAACUGAUGACUCUAAUGAUCAUUCUCCUAUUGCCUUUACUAUAAUGGGUGAUCUGCCCAAAGAACGAGUAACACCUUCUUACCCAUUUAGUAAUGUUGGAACUGAUUUUUUGUGGACCAUUCCACUUUAA